GCUUGCAUUGAUGAAUUAGGCAUCUUUAUGGAUAUGGGUAGAUAGUAAAUAACUCACCUUCUUGCAAAACAACAAGCCAAUCAACUGAAAAAAGGGUCACAUGUGGUAUGAUUACAGUUCCUCAGAUGACUCUAGCUGGUUUGCGAUAAGUAUAUUUGAGGAUCAAGAAACUUAUUUAUGGUCACAUCACAUUUGUAAGGCUCAACAGAACAAUGUUGAAAUUACAGCUACUGUACAUAGCCGUGAAAGGUUGCCUAGAAGUGAGGAUGGCAAAAUUGAAGCUGAAGUUAAACUCACUGGAAUUCUCAGCUUAGGAGCAUUGCAGCCUGGGGAAUCCAGAAAAUAUGGUACAACUAUUACUCAUGGGUCAUACGCACCAGUCCAUCAACACUUCUUUGUUGCUUGUAUGGACAUGGUCAUGGAUUGUAGGCCUGGUGAAACAUUCAAUCAGGUGUGCUCCUAUGAAUUGAUAGGAUAUUCCCCAAUUUGUCUAUAGUUUGAUAUAUGCGAAAAGGAAUUUGAUAUAUUCCUCAUAUUUUGUGUUUCUGUUUUUGGUUCCAUCAUAUUGUGAUAGUUUCUACUACAAAAUUUUGUCAGCUUUCUCCUCAAUGAGAUUUUGCAUUGACAAAAGGAACACACUAGUUCUUGCUUCAUAAAGCCUAAGGAUUGAUUUUCUAGAUACCCUUUAGUUUAACAUUACAGGAUUGUUUCUUGCAAUCAGACUAGAACUGAAGUGGGAUGAUUGCGUAUCGGUAUUAAUAUUUAACUGCAUCAUUGAUAAAGUAUUUGAGGUAUGAGAGCAAUGAACGAUGCCUUGGAGAGUAGCCAGCAUGUAAGUUUAGGACUGACCCAAAGCAGUAAUACUUUAGCACCAACCAACAUUACCAAACCUGGGCCAGUAAAGGUCUAAUAGGAACCAAAAUAUGCAAAAAAUUUCAGAUUGCAACAGACAUUAGAUUCCUAGGCUGUAAUUUGCUACUUGUUGCUGUUUCCUGUUGCCACUACCUUGUCAACUUGUUGCUGUUUCCCGUUGCCAUUACCUUGUGGAGGAAAGGCUUUUCUUUAAAACCUUUUACAUCUGUUACUAGUUACGACUUACAAAUUGUCUGUUUUAAUUGACUGAUUAUUUAUGUUUGUGGUUAUUGCCACCAAGUUGACGUGUGACUCUUAGGUUUCAUUCUCACAUGCUUGACUUUUGACUCUUAUUCUUUUUAUGCCAUUUGAUUCAGGUCAAAUGAUAUCUACAAGCACACUGAAAGCUGUGGAGUAUAGAGGAAAACGACCUUUAAAUUUUCCUUACUGAAUUCAGGUCUUCCAAUCCAGGACAUUUUCAGGAAAUGGUCCAUUCAGGUUAAAUGAUGAAUGAUUUUCUCAUGUUGUCGUAAAUUGG